AUGUCUUUUAUGUCCAGACCUACCCUUGGGCUUGCUCGUUUUGCUGCCCGUCCAGCUUCCCUUAUUCAAGCUCGUUCCUUAACCAUCCCUUUUGUCAAGACCAUUCCUCAACCUCCAGGUUACAUUGUCGGCAAUGUCAAUGAUGCCUAUGUUUCCCCAGCAUCUUCUAAACUCCAUGGUUCUCGUCACUGGACUUUUGAACGUUUCAUUGGUGUUGGUCUUGUCCCACUCACCGUUUCCCCAUUUGUUUUUGGUUCCAUCAGUCCAGUGACCGACUCAAUACUAUCAGUCUUGUUGUUGCUCCAUUCUUAUACCGGUUUCCAAUCAUGUAUCAUCGAUUAUAUCCCAGCUAGAGUCUACGGUAAAUUGCACGACUACGCCAUGUGGUUGUUGAGUUUCGGUAGCGGUGUCAGUUUAUACGGUAUCUACCUUAUGGAAAGCAACGAUAUUGGUUUGACCAGCAUUUUCAUGAAGUUGUGGUAUUAA